AUGUUUUUGUCUAAACUGAAAAGCAUAGAAGAAACACUCACAUUCGACGACAUACUGAUUAAACCUAACUUUUCCUCCGUUGACUUCGAUAAAGUAGAUCUUUCUCUUCGCCUAAACGAUAACUUAGUUCUUUCGCUCCCUAUUUUCUCGGCGGGAAUGGAUACUGUAACUGGUUAUGAAAUGGCCCGUGCGAUGAUUAUGAAUGGUUGUUGCGGCCCUCUUCAUAAGAACGAAACUAUUGCCAACAAUGCUGUUCAUGUUGCCAAAUUAAAGGCUGAAUUUGGAGAUUCUAAGCCUAUUGCUGUUUGUGUGGGUGUUGGUAAUAGCCUGGAAGAUAUAAAAACUUUAGUUGAUGCUGGAGCCAAUGUUCUUGUGGUUGAUUCGGCCCAUGGCCAUACUCAAAGAAUAGGAGACAUAGUUCAGCUAAUCGCUGACAAUUUUCCUAAGGUUUAUAUUAUUGCCGGCAAUAUAGUAACUAAAGCUGCAGCCGAAUGGUUGGUUUCCAAGGGAGCCCAUGCAGUUAAGGUAGGAAUAGGACCAGGUUCUAUUUGUACAACUCGUAAGGUUACUGGCAUAGGAAGAGGACAGGUCUCCUCAAUUGCGGAGGUUGCAGAAUAUUGCAAAACCAAAGGGAUUCUGGUUAUAGCAGAUGGAGGAAUAAGUGCCCCUGAUGACAUAAUGAAAGCCAUAACUUGCGGAGCACAAGCAAUUAUGUCCGGAUUUCUAUUUGCAGGAUGUUCCGAAUGCCCCGGAGAGGAGAUAACAAUAGAUGAUAAGAAAUAUAAACCCUAUAGGGGUAUGGGAAGCAUGUCUUCUAUGAAAUUGGGAAGUUCUGUUAGAUACGGGAAGGACAAAGUGGAUAGUGGUAAAUGA